AUGCCUGCGGCAACUUUUGGCCGGUCCAUCUUCACAUUGUUUGGCACUCAGACUCCUUUUCACGCUCAAACCGACUGUGACGGGACUGGAAUUGUCGACCCCGACAGCCAUUGCAACGGCACCGGAGUCGUGGACGAUCCAGCCCCGCAUGAACGAGAAGGCUUCAAGUUUGAGAACCCUUCCACCAAGUGCAAAUAUGUGUCCCAGAUGCACAUCUGGGACUCCUUCAAACACCUGGAGAAGGACAUGAGCAGGCUGUUCACGCUGAUCCAUAAAGAUGUGGCCUUCACCGUCGUCGGGCACCACCCGAUCGCCGGCCGUUAUCACGACCUAAUGCACUUUUACGUCAACGCCCUGCGUCGGGUCAGCAUGUUGUUCAUCGACCAUGCAGAUCUAUUUGAGAUCCACCCGCAGCACAUCUAUGGCGGAUGUAACAGUGAAUGGUCGGUGGAGGAAAUCCAAUUCAAAGGCGUGAUGAACUCCGGCGAGAAAUUCGAUAUCAUCAACGUAUGGUUCACUCGGUGGUAUGAAGGCCAGAUGGUUGAGAUCCGUACGUACAUCGACGCGCCGAUGAUCAUGGAUGCGCUGCAUAAGAACGAGAUUUGGUGGAAUGGCACGACUCUGCGGGACAACCUGCUCUACAUGCCGGGGCCAGCGGGGAUGCCCGAUCUCAAGGAAGUCGAACAGCUGUUGGGAUAUCCCAAUGGCAGCAAAUAUAAGGACUGA